GUUUCUCGAUCUAAAACAGUCUGCAGUGCGACAUUAUCCACGGCUGAUUUUUUUCACGUUACACCUAAACCAACCUUAGUUUUCAGCACCGCAUUGCUUGUGGUAACUCGUCGUUUAGGCAAGGACUCGCUUCUUUACCACAAUUUCCAAAAAGCUUUCCUUAGUCCGAGACGAAAAUCGAUCGCAGCGUUCAUUAAAGUGCUGUAGGUAGUUUUCUCGAGGUUAUUCUAUCUAACUUUGUUGAAUCAAACAGCAACAAGAGCAACGUUCGUUGUUUCGAUUUGCUUCUUGGCAGGCAAACCUGAUGGGUUUUUCCUGUCUGGGUGUGUCUUCAUCAGCACCAUGGCUUCUGAAAUGGAUGAGCACAAGGCGUCAUUAAGAGAAAAUGUUCUCUUCUAUGUCACGGCCUUUUUCUGUUUAGUAGCCAUCUUCAGCCUUUUCAUUUUUCUCUUUUUGGUGCCGUUUUUCAUCGAACCGGCCCUUGCCACCAUUUAUAUGGAGUUUGAUCCCGAGCCAGUUAUUUGCGAAACGACCGAAGCAAGCUUCCAUCGGGGACUGUCAAACUGCCAGUGGAGCUCGUGUCGAGAAGGUUGCACAAAGGAAGUGUACGAAUGUUGGCACAUUCGAGUACGUUAUCGCAGCCCUGUGCCAGUUGGGGACGCCGAUGCUCGUUCCGUUCGUGACCGUAUCGUCCAGCACAAGUCAUCCAUGGCAUAUUCGCCGCUGAACGAGCAGAUAAGUGUAAAGAACAGUAUCUACGGUAACCAGAAGGGACAAAGCUAUCCAGUGUCACCCAAUAGCGGAUUUGGGAUGGCUGUGUCAUCCGUAAACAGUUACGAUGAUCGGAUUCAAUCAGUUCUACCGGAGGAAGAUGAUGCUGAAAAGGAGGGCGAGUAUGCUUUGGCGGACGAAGGAGGUGAAGGGUUACACGUUCACGAGGCUCGGCUCCAGCCAAACGUAAAGGGCUGUGGAUAUCCUCCCGAUGUAGAAUGUAACAAUACUUUUGCUUCUACGUAUGGCAUCUUAGGCGCAAAUUUUUCUUGUUACUACUCGCUGAUUGAUCCCACGCUGGCCAUAACGCAGCUCAAUAUUGCUAAAGUUCGCGCCGAACUCAUUUAUUGCCUUACCAUUCCAAUUAUCCUUUUCGUCAUUUCUGUCGUUUAUCUCUUCUACGCCUAUUUUAAACUUUACGCUGAACCCACUGCCGAUGGAGCAGCAGCCACACCAAGGGGUCCAUCGCUGGAUUUCGAUACAGUGGAAGGCAAAGUGGAAGGAGUGGUAGUUAGACAGCCGAUGAGCUCUCCUGUUAAUACCGGAGGCAAGUAUGGGCUUCUUUAUCAGUUCCCAUCGCCGGAUAGCACUCGGAUCAUCCGGCGAGCUAAAAGUGGUGGAGCUAUUACAUUCGCCGCAGCAGGCCAACCCACAGAGAAAGCGUCAAAAGAAACGGCAGUAGUUUUUUCAGGAAUGAAAAACUCGUCAGGCGAAUCGGCAGCUCACAGCAAAGGAAUGAGAAUAUCCAAAUCAAUGGGUGACUCGAGAAGGCUAGUUUCAUCUGCGUUAUUGAGCCCCAACAACGCUGUCUGCCCGAAAACAAGUACCGUCUUCACAGAGCGUUCCAAGGAAUGGCAUACGUCAUCACUUGGAAUCCGCACCAACGUCUCCCAACAACCUGUUCACAGCAGCGCCUCACCUUCUGAGGAAGAAGUUACCCUACCUGUGUAAAAAUGCUGGCCCAUGAAAAGCUGCCAGUUACCUAUUCGAUCUUAGCAUCAUGUUUGUAACUUUUUCAUUUGUUUUUAAACACCGGAUUCAAACGUUUUCCUUUCAAAUUCUAUGUACUGUGUAUUUUAUUUAUUCCAUCCCAAAGUCGUCCUUUUGAAAUCCCUUUUUGCUGAUACCUUUGUAUUCACUAUUGUCUCGCGCUCCUAUUACUGCAAUUUUCAAGACAUUUAUACAUGAAAAUGUUUUUGCGCUGCAACGCAUCUCAAACGGGUUAAGGAAGUGGGCUAUUCACUAAACAUUUUUCUUCCGUUUUGCCAUUAAAGCUUUACGCAACCUUCCCUUGAUGUCAUUGUUCGGGAAGUACAUAAGGAGAGUACCGUGUUAAGAAGGUGGUGUUUAGACUUUAACAGCGCUUCUUUAACUAAACUAAUAUCUGCCGAUCAAAUAAAAUAACUUGCUGACUAAAGUGUAACUGGAUCUUAAUAGUGCUUGUUUCAUGUCAUUCUAUACAAUAAUACGAAUAUUGUGUAUCAUCUUCAAAACCUUGUGUUGUUAAGCUGGUACCUACCAGUUGUGAUUAUGUAAGAUAUAGUUUCAGACAUAUUCCAUUAAGCACAUGAAACAAUGAAUGUAGCUAACGUCGUUCAAUCGGCUGGCCGUCUGUCAUAUAUGAACCACAAUUUCGACUAUACGUUUUUAUUUCAAGCCAGUCAGAAUUCAUGCAUUUUGCCGCCAAUAAUUAUUUUCUGGAGCAUACAGUACAUUUUCAAGCUUCAA